UUAAAAAAUAAAUUUCUUGAUAAACAGCGGUCCCACUUUCAUCCGAUAAACGAUGUUGAUGUUGCACUCGAAGGCCAAUCCUACUAUGACACGUGGAACGGUGGUGUGCACUCGAGCACUCACAAUCAUGGUCUCCUCAACAGUGACAAUGAGAGCCACGUGGGUUCGACAGAGCCAGGCCUUACGGAAUUGUAAUUUGCAGGGACAGCAAGGGCAUUAUUGUCCGAAAGACACCCAGGACCAGGAGAGCAAAAAAGCCAUAAUUAUUAAUGCUUUCUGGCAGUCCUUGCACUUUCCCAUUUAAUUUACUUCCGUUUUGUGUCAAGACAAAUCCGGCAUUUGCCCCAUCUUUCACUCUUUCACCCCCCCACCCCCCACAGACACACACACACACACACACACACACACACACACACACACACUCUCUCUCUCUCUCUCUCUCCUUCCUCUGUAUCAGCUGCUCUGUAACCACAGCCAACCCACCACAAAACCCACCAGGGGCAAAAAAACAGGAAGCUUUUCUCUAUUAUCUCUACCAUUGCAGAAUGGUGAUGGACGAACUCGAUUGAUGGAUCCGGAGAGACCCCAUCGGACAGGGAGCAGCAGCAGCAGUAGCACCAGCGAGCUCUUCGUCUGCUUCACCUCGCGCCUCUCUUCGUCUUCCUCCAUGAAGAUCUCCUCCAAGUCCAUUCUAAGCCCUGGCCGCACCGACAAAUUCAGAGAGCCCCACAAUGUGUCGUCUCUGUCUUCUUCUUCCCUGAGCAGGAGGCUUCGCAGCAACGGCAGCAUCAAGGGCGGCCAGGCUUCCCCCAUGUUUCCCACCGGAAAUAAGAAGAGGGGUUGUGCGUUUGAGAACCCAGAACCUUCUUCCCCCAAGGUCACCUGCAUUGGUCAGGUUCGGGUCAAGACGAAGAAACAGGGGAAGAAGCUGAGGACGAGGUCGAAGAGGAGGGGGGAAGCCAGUUUUAGGAAGAUUAACGAGCAGGGCAACGAGGGUUUGCUUAAUCCGCAGAAUCAAUUUCAGGGCCAACAAAAUCAUCUUCAUCAGCAGCAGCAGCAGCAGGAGCAGAGGAACCAGAGAUGGGUUCAUCUGCCGGUGACGAUCUGCGAGGCCCUGAGGGCGUUCGGCGCGGAGUUCAACUGCUUUCUGCCGUGCCGGUCCUCGUGUGCGUCGGCGAGCGAGAGGGAGAAGGAGGAGAAGAACGCGGAGGGAUCGUCAGGCGGAGGCGGCGGGACGUCGUGUGGGGCGGCGAUUGCGCGGUGGCUGGUGGCUCUGCAGGAGGGAGAUGGGAAGGGGAGGCAGAUUGAAUUGGUGGUGGGAGGUGAUGAUGAUGAGGAGGAGGGUGGAUUAGUGGAGAGGACUCAUCGGAGCAGGCAAGGGGUUGAGGAGAUUGAGGUCAGGGACGAGAAGUUUGCAGCGGAGGAAGGUCAUGGGGCAUUGGAGGAGGAAGAGGAAGAAGGGAGGGUGAGUAUCUGCAUUCCGCCGAAGAAUGCUCUGCUUUUGAUGAGGUGUAGAUCUGAUCCGAUGCGAAUGUCCGCGCUUGCUAAUCGUUUGUGGGAAUCGUCUGUUGUGAAAGACGACGAGGAUGAGGAUGAUGAGGAUGAAAAUAAAGAUGAUGAGGUAGAGGAGGAAGAUGAGGGACGAAAUGAGGAAGAAUGUGAAAUUGGAGGGGAAAGUGGUGGAGCAAGCGUGGAGCAUAAGGUGGAGCUAGCGUCUGAGAAGUGGGUUUCAGCUGAUAUUAUUGAAGGGCGUUGCAUCUCAGAGGAAGAAGCAAACUUGGUAAUGGAGGAAGAUGAUGAUGAGGGAGAAAACAUAGAAAGGGGUUCAGCUAUCAGUGAGCUCCAAGAAAAUGUUGCAGAGAAGGAAGAGGAAGAAGAAACAGAGGAAAGCCAGACUGCAGAAGUUGAAGAAUUGGUAGUUGGUGGUUCUUCAUGUGAAACUCGUGUAUAUCCAGAAAUCUCGCAAAAUGAAGAUGAGCCGAAGAUGAUUCAUGAAGAAAAAGAAGGAAAGGAUGAAGAAGGAGAAAAUUUUGAGGAGCAGCAGGAAAAUGCCGGCGGCGCUGUUCCCUCUUCUUCUCCGGGAUCCGGACUUGCAGAAGAACCACAAGAACAGGAACAAGAAAAAGUAGCCGAAGUUGAAGAAGAAGAAGAAGAAGAAGAAGAAGAAGAAGAAGAAGAAGAGAACAAAACAGGGUCAGAAAUUUCAGCAAAAGAAGUAGCAGCAUUGGAACAAGAAGAAGAGGAAGAAGCACUGGAGAAGUCAAAAGAGGAGAAAGAGACCACAGAGAGCUCUUCCUCAGAAAACCAAGAGAUAGUGACCCAUGAUAUCAGAUCAGAACCGGAAGAAGAAGAGAUCCGGAAGAAAACCCACGAAGAUGAAGAAGAAGAAGAAGAAGACGACGAAGAAGGCCCUCCAAAGUCCAAUGUGGGUGAGAGAGAAAAUCAUCAUCCCAAUGUAGAGGGAGAAAGAGAAAGAGAAGGCUCUGCUUUGCCGGACUGUUUGCUUUUGAUGAUGUGCGAACCGAAGCUGUCCAUGGAGGUAUCCAAGGAGACAUGGGUCUGCAGUACGGACUUCAUCAGAGGGCUCCCCGACCGCCGCAGCCGGCGGGCGGUCAACCCAAGGAACGGCGGAGAUGAGCCCAAGAAGAGGCUCAGCACCGACACCAAUCCCGCGCAGCAUCACCAUCACCCCCACCCCCACCAGUUGCUGCAGCCGCCGCGCUCGUCCUGCUCUUUCCCGGCGCCGGCGGCCGCAAUCUCCGGCGUUUCCAUGGCGACCAUGAUCGAGCAGAAGCUGGUGAACGCCGUGGCUUACGAGCCGUUCGUGCUGACGCGCUGCAAGUCGGAGCCGAUGAGGUCGUCGGCCAAGCUCGCGCCGGAGCCUUGUUUCUGGAAGAACCGGAAGCUGGAGCCGCACCGCCCGGCCACCACCCUGGGCGUCGGCGCGGCUGGGGUUGGCUUUUGAGCUGAGCCGAGCCGAGCGGAGCGAGGAAUCUGGCACAACGGGAAGCCUGGUCAGUCCUACCAGUAACUCUGUAGCCUUGCACUUGCACAGUACUCGUUUCCUUCUCUGGCGACUGCCAUGUCUCUGUAAAUCUUUAUUUAAUUGCCCAAAAAAUGUACAAUUUUUAUUUAAUGAAGAUUUAGCCAAAAAUUUUCCCC